AUGUCAGCUCUAACUCUAACUGACUAUCUAUUGUUGAUUUGUUUAUCGUCAAUUGUUUAUUUGAAAAGUGGUCGUUGUUGUGUUGUUGAUAGUUCGUGUUUCUUGUUUUGUGAAGAGAGAGCGCGGAAGCGCGGUGUCAUUUGCGACGACGGGCGGAUCUCCCGUUCCCGGGGCGGGCGGCGGCCGUGUUUACGGUAUGCCCUGAUCGGGAAAAACGAUCUGGUGCCAGUGCCGGGCCGGCGCCAGUGUCAGUGUCAGCGCCAGUGUCAGUGUCAGCGUCAGUGUGUCGGUAUGUUAGUGUCGGCGUGUCAGUAUGUUAGUGUGUUCAUAUGCCGGUAUGGCGGUAUACCCGUGUGUGGCAGCAUGCAUGCUGCCACACUGCUUCAUCCGCGUGUCUCUCUCUGGCCCAGCACCGGUGACCCGGCCUCGUUUCACCCGGGUAACCGCUCGGCAAAAAAAAAUUUUAAUGGCACAAACUUCACCUGCCAACGCCCAUUGUUCUCAACCCAUCACCAACCUUGGAAUACAGAGACCACAAUGGUAUAUAAAGAGAGUGGUUCGUUCUUUCUGGGACUCUUAUUUCUUUGA